AUUUUAUUACCUGUCAGUUUUUUUAAGAAAAUCAUAUAAAUAGCUGGUUCCGUUUGUAGAUUCCAUCAAAUUAUCUCUAUCAACAAAAUGGUUCAAAUACACUCUUCUAUUGUCGCCAUCUCUAUUGCCUUGCUUGCUUCUUUGAACUUGGUUCACGCAGCUAAAACUUGUGUAGUUCAAAAAAGUAACUCCGAUGAUGCACUUUCCAUUACUCAAGCUUUCAAGGAUUGUCAAGCCGGUGGAACUGUCGUUUUUCCUAAAGGUCAAAGCUUCUAUCCCAAGUCUUUAAUUAAUGUUAUUAAUUUGAAAAAUGUUAAUGUACAAUUCUUUGGUAACUUGGUUCUACCUAAUUACAAUACUAAGUUCAAUGGUGGUGGUGCUUUCUUGGAAAUUAGAGGUGAUAAUAUUAACUUUGAUGGUGCUGGAAUCGGAACUGUUGUAGGUAGUGGUCAGCAGUGGUGGGAUGCCAACAACAAUCAAGGUCCUAUUGUCUUUAGAAUCACUGCCAAAAACUCGAUCUUUAGAAACUUUCGUAUCUUCAAUGCUCCCAAUGGUCAUAUGGCUAUGACUGGAUGUAAUAACGUUGUUGUCGAAAAGGUCACCAUGCACAGUGUGUCUAAAACAAAGAAUUAUGCUCGUAACACUGAUGCUUGGGGUUGCGCUUGGUCGGACAAUUUAAUCUUCCGUGAUUCUGUCAUUACUAACGGUGAUGACUGCGCUGCUAUCAAUGGUGGUGUUUCCAAUAUUACUGUUUCUAAUGUUAAAUGUACUGGUGGACAUGGUUUCUCGGUCAUUGGCGCACUAGCUACUGAUGGAAGAUAUCAAACCUUUAAGAAUAUCAAUAUCAUAAACAGUGUAUGUACCAACUGCUUGAAUGGACUUACUGUCAAAGCCAGUCCUGGAAGACCUGGUAUUGUUGAUGGUGUUCGUUUCCAGAAUGUUCAAUUAAAUAAUGUCGACAACCCUAUUACUUUAACUACCCAUUACUUCUGUGACGCAUCCCACACUAGUGCUUGUUACAAAAAUGAUGGCACUGCAAUUAAGUUCAAGAACAUUAACAUUAGCGGUAUCACGGGCUCCACUUCUUGGAAAGAUCUUCCCAUUAUUAAUAUUAAUUGUGCUAAGAACACACCUUGUGAGAACGUCAAUAUUAAAAACGUCAAGAUUCAAGGAAACAAGACAACUAAAAAGAAUGUGUGCAUUAAUAUUCUUGGUGCUGAUAAGAUUCCUGCCUGUAGAGCCUAAAAAUAAUGAUAGAUGAAGAUUUAUUUCCCCAUAGUCUUUUUACAACAAUAAAUUAAAUUUCUCGAAUU